AUGUCAAAAUUCUCUCUGACGGGUCGCGUCGCCGUCGUCACUGGUAGUGGCCGGGGUUGCGGGCUUGCUUUUGCCCAAGGUCUCGCUGAAGCAGGGGCUGAUGUUGCCAUCUUUGACUUGAUCGACCCAGACCCCGUCGCUUUGGAGCAACUCUCCGCAGCAACUGGUAUUCGAGCAAAGGCAUACGUUGUGGAUGUAACAUCGGUCUCGAGCCUGGAGAAAGGCUUCGCGUCCGUUGCGACCGACUUCGGCAGCAAGCUGGACAUCUUCGUUGCUUGCGCUGGUGUGAACAAGAACGUAGAGUUUCUAGACACCGAAGAGGCGGACUUUGACAGGCUUUACGGGGUCAAUUGCAAGGGACUAUACUUCUCUGCCAAGCUUGCUGCAAAGGCCAUGAUCUCGAACGGGACCAAAUGCGGCAGCAUUAUUUUCGUCGCCAGCAUUGCAUCUCAUAUUGCCAUUCGCUCACAACGGUCCACCGCUUACUGCGGUACAAAAGGCGCAGUUCGAGCUAUGGUGGCGCCUAUCGCUGCCGAGCUGGACAAGCACGGUAUCCGAGUCAACUCAAUCUCGCCCGGCUACGUGAGAACCGAGAUGACGGCUCCUUUUCCCGACCUUCUGGAGAGUUGGAAGGACGAGAUCAUGAACGGUAGAGUUGCAGAGCCAGAUGAUAUCAAAGGUGCAUGCGUCUUUCUGGCCAGCGACGCUAGCAGAUACUGUCAGGCAAGCGACAUUGUGGUUGAUGGAGGUGUCACAAAAUGGUAG